CAGGUAUAAAAUAUUUAAGUUUUAGAAAAUGUUAUUUCUAAUGGAAAAUCAUUUUUAUAACUUAUAGGUUAGGGGAAAAAAACCUUGGCUUUUGUUUUACUUUGUUUACAUAAUUAAAACGGUUUCUAAAAUGAAAAAAUACAAAAAUAACUUACCUGACUAAAAUAUUCCAAAUAUAUUGAAAUAUUUGUGAGGAAAGGUAACUUGUUGGAUGAAAGUUAAAUUAACCACUUCUUUCUAUAAACGGAUGUCUGACAUUAUAACAUCAUGUCUACAAUUGCAGAAAAAUAUAUCUACCAACAGGAUUGUGGUUAAAGAAAUAAAUGGUUGUGAUGGUUCAUUCAUUGUCAAUUGUGUUAUCAGUUACUGUAUUAAGCAAAACAGCCCUCUUUUGAUAGUAUCCUCACAUAACUCAAUAACUCAUUACCACAAUGUUGGUUUAAGAAUGAACCAUAAUCUGUUUAAAAGUUGUGAGGCUGGGGUGAUAGAUUAUUUUGAUUUUGGUGACGCAACAUUAACAAAUAUAAUGGAGUAUGCUGAAUCUGAUCAAUUGCUCAUAGAUGUGCUGAAAAAAAUAGAAGAAAUGCAGCGUAAUCAUGACACAGUUAACAUUAUUUUUGAUGGAAUCACACAUUUACUAGAUCUUCAGUAUACAUUACAAGAAGUGAAUAAGUUUUGUUCUGAAAUUAUAGAAAUUGCUGCUAAAUCAAAAAAUCCUUUUGUAAUAUUUCAUUGCAAUGAUGUGAUGGAAGAUGAUGCUAACCACUGUUUGGCAAAUUUGCUAUCGCACAAAGCACAAACUGUGGUUGAAGUGGAAAACCUUUCUUCAGGAUUGAGUUCAGAUGUCUCAGGUCAUUUGACAAUAAAAUAUCCAGGAAACAAAUUCAAUGAAGAACACAUACAUACAGUGGAUAUGAAGCCAAAAAAAUAUCUUUAUAAAUUGUUUGACAGAGGAGUAAAAUUGCUUGCACCUGGUACUGUUUAACUUUGUGCACAAUAUACUAUUAUGAUGAGAAUAAUUUAAGUCUGACUUACAUAUUAUGUAUAAAGGUAAAGUCUAUUAUAUAUAAAGCUUUCAUAGAGCUUUAUUCAUCAUUCCUUAACUUAACCAAAUAAAAAAAUACCCCUUAAUA